AUGCAGCAACAGAAGCUUGUAUUCUCAGAUGUACAUCCUUUAAUUCAAGGUGCUGUAGGUAGGUUAGAAUACAUGAAAACACAUGAUGGUAAAGGUCUGAAAGAGAUGAAAGAAACUAUUGAGUUUGGGGAGGGGGGGGGAGUCACAGCCUAAAUAUAAAGGAGAAACUUUAAGGAAUUAUAAACAAUCAUCUGGUAGUGAAUUUGAAACAUUAAAGAGUGGGUACAUAGGUAAUUUGAUUGACAAUAUAAAUAAAAGGAUCAGGAAGUAUGACUCUGAGGUGCUGAGUAGUCUAGGGCAUUUGUUAGAGCCAAUAUCAUACAGUGCUGGAGGUGACCAGGAUGCACUAGAAUGUAUCACUUAAAUGUAUUGUGAACCAAAAGUUACCAAAAACACUGUAAAUAAUGUUGUUCAAGAGACACCGGUGGCAGCAUUAAUAAUUGGAAAAGAAUUGAAACUUGAAUGGCAAGGAAUCAAGGCAAUGCUUACUGGGUGUUAUAAGCACCUUUCACUUAAAGACUUCUGCAAGAAAGUCAUUAUCAAGCACACUGAUACUCACCCUAACUUUGCAAAGGUGGCACAGAUUGGCAUGGUUAUGCAAGUGAUCAGUGUGGAGUGUGAAAGGUCCUUCAGUGCACAGAACAGAAUAAAGACAAAGUACAGAGCUGCACUGAAGGACGAGUCACUUGAAGCACUACUCACGGUUAACCUUCUUGGCCCCACAGUGGCCAACUUCAAACCCAUUAAGUGUGUCCAGACCUGGCUUAGGAGGAAAAGACGCAGAAAGGAAAGGCUCAUGGAAGCCUAUAAACCAAGAGCAGUCAAAAAACACUUAAAGAAACACUUUAAGAAGGAAUACACAUAGUUUAUUGUGUUUUACAUUAUUAAAGUAAUGUGUCUGUACCUCGGCUAUAUUCUUGUUUUGCUUAUAGCAAAUUACCCUUCAAGCAACGCAAACUUUGACCAUU